UUCCUGUUUGUAACUGAAACAAAGUACACACAAAAGAUUUUAAGAAACAGAAGAGAAAAGAAUCUGAGGCACAGAUAAAGAUAAGUUUUACUGUCAUGCUGCUUUUAACAUAACAGAGCAACAUUACCUAGGAAAAAAGUUUGUAGGAGGAUUUUUAAUCCAUAUAUCUGUCUUAUGGCUAGAUAAAGAUUUCUCUGAAAAAAAGAAGCAUGUCAGGAAUCUCUGGGUGCCCCUUUUUCCUCUGGGGACUUCUAGCAUUGUUGGGCUUGGCUUUGGUUAUAUCACUGAUCUUCAAUAUUUCCCACUAUGUGGAAAAGCAACAACAAGCUGGUGACUAUCCUUUUGUCAAAGAUAAAAUGUACAGCUACUCCAGUGACCACACCAGGGUUGAUGAGUAUUAUAUUGAAGACACACCAAUUUAUGGUAACUUAGAUGAUAUGAUUUCAGAACCAAUGGAUGAAAAUUGCUAUGAACAAAUGAAAGCCCGACCAGAGAAAUCUGUAAAUAAGAUGCAGGAAGCCACCCCAUCUGCACAGGCAACCAAUGAAACACAGAUGUGCUACGCCUCGCUUGAUCACAGCAUUAAGGGGAAGCGUAGAAAGCCCAGGAAACAGAAUACUCAUUUCUCAGACAAGGAUGGAGACGAACUACAUGCAAUAGAUGCCAGCGUUUCUAACACCACCUUAGUAGACAGUUUCUCCCCAGAAAGCCAGGCAGUAGAGGAAAACAUUCAUGAUGAUCCCAUCAGACUGUUUGGAUUGAUUCGUGCUAAGAGAGAACCUAUAAACUAGCUGGACCAUGAUCUAGUUCAGAUUUGCCUCCUGUUGAAGAUGGUUUCUAAGAAAACAAAAUUUACAGAGGACACAGAAGGACUUGGCAGCAGGGUGAUGACCUGAUCAUUUGUUGAUGGGAUGGUGGCUUACCUCUUAUUCAGAGCUUACACUUAUGCAUGCCAAAUGUAAUGCCGUGAAAAUCAGUAUUUCAAAUACCUUAAAAAAUGCUAAAAUGUAAAAAAUUAAUGUGCUCACCUCGGCAGCACAUAUACUAAAAAUUAAUAAAAUCCAGCUUGAAAAUUGAGCCUGAUAACAAAAUUACAAAUUCACAAUACCUAAUACUUAGGGAAAUAAAAAAAAAUUAAGCUUGAAUGUAUUCUGGAACACAUUAGAAGAAAAAUAAAAGCCAAUGUGUUUUUUUUUUAA